GAAUAAUCAUACAUUAAUUUGAUUUAUGGGUGGAAAACAAUCAUAUGGACAAGCUAUAAGCACUAUCAAUGAUAAGAAGGCAGUUAUUAUUGGUCAGGUGAAUGUUUAAACAAGUUUUGAUCAUAGUAAAUAUACAAAUGAUUAGUAUGUAGUGACUGAAAUAACUGUAGUAUUGGGGAAUGAGAUUCAUCCAUAAUUAUGGAAUGUUGCAAUAAUGGAAGUAAGAAGUACAGAUAUUGAUUUCCCAUUAACAUAUCGGAGGUUUUGUAUUUCUGAUCCUGUGGUUGAUUAUAAUCAAUAAUACAUUCCUAAAAAAAUAAGUAAUGUUUAGCAAAAAUGAAGAUUAAUUCUCUAGCAUUCAAAGUCCAUAGAAAAUAUAAUUUCAUGAUAAACAAGGUGUUUUUUGGAUGAUUUAAAUUCCAAGUUAUAUAAUAGAACAAGAGUAAAAUGAUGAAUUGAUUAUAUAUGAAUCACGAAUUCAUCCACUUUGUGAGAAAAUGAAGAGGAACAAAUAUCGUGAAUAAUAUUAAUAAGCAUAUAUUGAGUUAUUCAAUAAAAUAGAAUAAGAAGUUAGUUGUCUUUCUGAUUAUAUAUCAAUUGGUAUUUUAGAUAUGAAAUAGAGUAAUCCAAUAUUGGGGAUAGAUAAUUACUCUAUGACAUCUGAUAUAAUUGAAGCAUUUAUUUAAUGUACUCCUAAGAUUCAUAAAUUAAUAUUCAUUUCAGAAAUAGAGACACAAGCAUUUAUUAUGGGAAUAGCAUUAAAAGAUAAGAUUGGAUAAAUUGAAGCUAUUACUUAAAGAUUUAUGGGAUAAGAGAAACAGAAAGAAGAUUAAGGAACCAAUCAGUUAUAUAUAAAUGAAAAAAUAGAAUAAGAAAUAGAGUUUAAAUAAGAAGAGAAUAUACAACUUAAUUCUGAUAAUAGAUUGUAAGAACCUUAGAAUUUAAUCUAAAAGAUUCAGAAACCUUAUAUGAUUAGUUAUUUUAAUGGACAUAAAUGUAUAAAUAAAUAUAUUUAAUUAUUAGAAAAUAUAGUGUAUCAAUUUUUUAGAUAAUUUAAUACUCCUUUAAAUUAAGAAGUGUUUCAAACUAUCAUUCCAAGAGUGAACAAUAAUGAAAACUCUUUGUGUUUAUGUGGUAGAAAAACUAUAAUCAGAAUAAAUGCUAAACUAUGUUGUUAUUGUGGAUUGGAAAGGAGUACUUUUUUAGAAUGCGAAUAAAGAGUAAUAUUUUACAUUAUUUAGGCUUGUGCAAGAUAAUACUGUGCUAGUUGUUUUAAUCCUACUAAAUUAUACAAUUUAUGUAUGUAGGGACAUUAAAUGAAAUUCAUUAAUGAAAUAAACGAAGAUCUAAAAUGUUGUUAUUGUAGAUAAAUAACAUAUCGAUAUGGAUAUUAUUAUUGUAAUAUCUGUUCAUUUAAAGUAUGUGCAAGUUGUUAUUAUUCUAAUUAUGCAUAAUGGCAGUUUUAAAAAGUAAAAAUAAAUAUUUAUUAAAUAGAUGAAAAUCUACUUAAGUUAUUUAAAAAAAAUUAAGCCUAAUUUAAGAUAAGAAGUUUAUUUUUAAUUAAUUACUGAGUAUUUAUUAGAUGCAAAUUUACAAAAAUUAAGAGUAUAAUGA